AUGAGGGAGAAGGCCAAAGGAAUAGAAACUGAUCAGCCUCCACCAACAACUCACGCUCAAAGUCUGCCAAUACAACUUACUCCUCAACCUGCUGCGUGGGAAAUAGCUAUAGAGAAAUUGGCUCUGACAACAACAGCAUCUCUCAAAAAUCAAGAAGCAUCUAUUAAGAAUCUGGAAAUUCAGAUUGGUCAGCUUGCCAAGCAGAUGGCUGAGAGGCCUCCAGGUACCUUUCCUAGUGAUACUAUCAUUAAUCCUAAAGAACAAUGUAAUGCCAUCACUACAAGGAGUGUGAUAGUAAUUCAACCUAUGGAAAAGCCUAUAGCUGUACCAAGCAGUAAAAACGAUUCAGAAAAAGAAAAGCCUGCUGAAGAAAAAGCUAAUGACCCUGUUGAUAAUGAGGUCAUAAUUUUUGGAGGACCAUUAAAUGAUACUCCACGUAAAAAAUUAAUAAAGAAACCUCCUUUAGAAGAAAGAAUGAAAUUGCUGGGGGAUAACCUGUAUGUUAAGGCUCUAUAUCCUCAAAGGCUAAAACAGUCAGCACAAAAGCGACAAUAUUCUAAAUUCUUAGAAAUGUUUAAUAAGCUGCAGAUAAACAUUCCGUUCAUUGAAGCAUUAGAAACUAUGCCCAGUUAUGCGAAGUUCAUGAAGAGCUUGCUUUCAAGGAAGCACAAACUCAAAGAAGAAAUGGAGACAGUAACUUUGAUCGCGAAAUAUAGAUCUACCAAGAAACCAGAAGGGGUGGUUGAAGACGUACUUGUGAAGGUUAAUGAUUACAUCUUCCCUGCAGACUUUGUGGUAUUAGAUAUGAAAGAAGAUUCUGAAGUACCUCUCCUUUUGGGAAGACCUUUCUUAGCUUCAGCCAGAGUUCUGAUUGAUGUCGAGCAAGGAGAGUUAGUAUCUAGGGUAAAUGGUGAGCAAUUUAUUGUCAAUGUGUUUGAAGCCAUGAAAUACCUGGAAGAAAAAGGUGACUGCUUUCAAAUCGACGUGAUCGAUGAAGUUGUAGCAGCUGUUGCAGAUGAGAUUAACUCUGCACCUACAAUAGAGGAAUCAUAUGCAAGGUUUUUGCAAUCUCCUAAUCCAUUAAAUGAGGCUCUAUUGGAAGAAGUAGUUAAAGCCAUUGAUGUUUUCAUUGCUGAGGACAACAAAAUUCUAAAUCUGGGAAUGGGGAGCAUCAUCAUAUACAGUAGCAAUCAGAUUUCCCUAUGA